AAAAGGCACCCUCGAACCCCAACCCGUGGAGAGGAUCUUUCAUUCCAAAUCUCUUUCUCAGUCUCUCUCCCUCUCUCUCCUCAAAAGGGGCAUAUAGGAUCUGUGGCUUUGCUGGGGGCGUCUCCUUUCUAGGGUUUAAGAGUUUCUAUUCACCAUGGCCUCGCCUUAUCCCUUUCCCCUCACUGCUGCUCAGGUUGGGACGUACUUUGUUGGGCAGUACUACCAGGUUCUUCAGAAUCAGCCAGAGUAUGUGCAUCAGUUUUACUCUGAUGCCAGCACCAUGCUUCGUAUAGACGGCAACAACAGGGAGACGGCUACCGCAAUGCUACAAAUCCAUGCACUUGUUAUGUCACUCAGAUAUGCUGGAGUUGAAAUCAAGUCAGCUCAUUCUCUGGAGUCUUGGAGUGGUGGUGUUAUUGUGAUGGUCUCUGGAUGUGUGCAAAUUAAAGAAUACAAUCAGAGAAGGAAGUUUAUGCAGACAUUUUUCCUUGCACCCCAAGAGAAAGGGUUUUUUGUGCUCAAUGAUAUAUUUCACUUUGUUGAAGAGGAUCCAAUUCCCCACCACCAAGCAGUCUUGUUAGCCCAAAGCAAUCUUGAUUCAAAAUUGAAUGCUUCAAUGUCAAUUAAUAAACCAGUGUCCAGUUACCUGCUGGGUACAGAUAUCCAGUCAAGGGAAUUUGUUUCUACUAAUGAGGUCAAAGAAAAUGGUGUAGUUGACAAUUAUGGAUAUUCAGAGCAAAGAAUGCAGCAUAUCUCUGAUUCUGAACAUAUUAGGGAGGAUAAUCCUGCUGAAGAGUCAAAUGGCUCGCUUCAAGCUGCAGUGAAUGUGGUGCAAGACCAUGUGCCUGCUUCUGCUGAGGAACCUGCUGAGGAGCCCCAAAAGCAUACUUACGCCUCCAUUUUGCGGGUUGCUAGAGGACAAUCUACUCCGCCAAUGCCUUCCCAACCUUCCCAUGACAAAAAUGUGUCCUCAGAGUGGGAUCAUAUUCCUCAGACUAGUAGUCAGCAAGCAACAGCAUCAGCAAACACAUUUGAAAGGCCUGAGACUGAUGCAGUUGCAGCAGAGGAGGUUCCUGCAACAGAGGAUGAAGGUGAAAUCAAAUCUGUUUAUGUGAGAAACUUGUCUCCUGCUGUUUCUACUUCUGAAAUUGAGGAGGAAUUUAAAAAGUUUGGUCCAAUCAGGCCUGAUGGUGUUGUCAUCAGAAGUCGCAAAGAUGUUGGAGUUUGUUACGCAUUUGUUGAAUUCAUGGAUAUGAAUGGGGUUCACAAUGCAGUCAAGGCGGGCUCUGCACAGAUAGCUGGAAGGCAGGUAUACAUUGAAGAGCGAAGACCGAACAGUUACAUUCCUUCACGAGGAAGGAGGGGUAGAGGCAGGGGUGGCUAUCAAUCAGAAGCACCAAGAGGGCGUUAUGGUUCAAGGAGCUUUGGCAGGGGAAACGGCCAAGAUGGAAGUGAUCGGGAUUAUAACAAACCAUCGAGGGGUAAUGGUUUCUAUCGACCCAGCUCUCGACAAGAGAGAGGAUAUUCAGGGCAUCAAGUAGCAAGAAAUGGACAGAAUCUGGGAGAUUUAGCUUCAUAAGAUUCUUUGCUGAGGAAAUUCAAAUUUUGGGUCCAGCAGAUAUUUCAGUUCUAUAUAGUCGAUUUUAUUGAGGAAGCAAACAAAUAGUCAUAUUUUUUAAAGUCUACCUAAGGAAGGUGUUGUAGGACUAUGGAUUACAUCUCUCUUUUUUCCAUAGCGAUUUUGGUCAAGGGGCUCCUGGUUUUAAUUAUUUCCUCGAGAAUUUGAUGUUAAGUCUGCAGUCUGAAACAUGAGAAUUGUGUCUACCCUAAUGAAACCUCAUGUCAUCUGAAUCAAGUGUAUUUGUAAUCACUUAUUUCUCAAAUGGAUUUGAUGGAAACAUUUCAAUACAUUA